AGCCACAUGACUCGUGACAGUACCUUCUGAGUACACUCCUAUAUAAACCCCUCAAGGCUCUCACCACCAAUGUUCCUUUCCAUGCUAAUUAAGCAACAUCCUCUUAUAUAUAUUUUCAACGUAGAAGAAACACCGUUACUUAAAGCUUGCAAAGAGAAAAAUGAAGAAAGCUACGGCAUUGAUGAAACAGAUCGUUGCUUUGCUGAGCUCCAUGGCAAAGGCUAAAUCCAUAGCCAUAAAGAACAAAACAAGUGACUUCAAAACACGGCUCCUCAUGUUGUCUCUCGUGAAACACAAGAAGCUCGGGUUCCGUUCAAUUUCCAACAAGAUCCACAAUCUCCUGGGCCAUGCAGAUCAAGACCACGACCAUGGCCAAGACGAAGACAAAAGCAAGGCUAUAAUCCUCUACAACAGCGGAGCAUCCACAAUGGCUCAUCAUGAGAGUUAUGACGUCCAAGAGGAGGACAACGAAAAGUAUCCUGAUCUGAGACACACGUUGUUCGAAGGAGAGGAGGAUUUUGGGGACUUGGAGGAAGGCCAAGGAAGUUCUGUGAUAGAAAUGGUGAGGAACUCUAAAGAAGAAGAAGGAGAGAGUUUCAAGCUAGAAGAUGAGAUCGACCAUGUCGCAGAUCUCUUCAUUUCAAGGUUUCAUAAGCAGAUGAAGCUUCAGAAAUUAUUGUCCUUCAAGAGGUAUCAAGAAAUGCUAGCCCGAGGCACCUAAACUCAUAUCCAUAUAGAUAUAUACAUGUUGGCAAUAGAUAUGAAGAAUAGAUUCAUAUUAUGAUCUUUGCUAACGUUCAUAUUUUGUGUGGUCGAUCAUAAAUCCUUCGAGCCCGUUAUUUUCAAGGAUCAAAUAUUAUGAUCUCAUUAAUGUGUUUUCAAUUAUCAUGUUGGGGUGAACGAAGGAUCUGGUUUGCAAUAUGUAUUUUUUUCCUCCUCGAGGUCGUACUAUAUAGUAAGAUCUUUGAUGUGUUAUAUAAUAUUUGAGCAUUCUCCUCUCUUUGUUUGGCUUCUAUAUUUCACUAGUUCAAGUUCCUAAUUAUUCUCAGUCCAUUGGUCUGACUGAGUCGCUUUGAAAUGAAAUUUUAAGUUAAUUAAUUUAAUUAGUCUUUUUACAAACAUUUAAUAUAAAAUAAAUUAGUAAAUUAUAUAUAAAAACAUCUUCAUGAUGCAUUUCCAGACUAGUCUUAAAUAAAUCUUUAUAGUAAAUAAAUGUUUGAACUCUUCUUCAAAAAAGAAACAUAUAAAUGUUUGAAUUUGGUUGCACUGUAAAGUGAUGAUUGUGAUUGUAAUUCUUCAUAUCACACAGAGAGUGAGAAAGAGUAUAGAUAAGUUUAAUGAAAAAAACAUGACAAUAAAGGAGAGACAUUUUUAAAAAUAAAUUUUCCAUAUAAUUGAUUCAUUUAAUUCUCUGAGUUUGAGGAAUGUAAGAGCAUCCACAAUGCAGAUCUUUUGAGAGAUUCUUAAGUUGAAAAAAAAAAUAUAUAUAUAUGAUGUGGCAUGUGAAUAUUUCAGAAUCGACUCUCUGAGGCGAGUCUGUAGGAUCGAUUCUAAAAUACUGUUUAUCUGAUUUCAUAUCUUCGUAAUCGAUGGCUUUUUCUUGGAUUUGCAAUUGCAAUUGCAAUUUGUGACUGAGGAGGAGGUGGCGGAUCGAGCAGCACAAUGGGACCAACCGGUAUCGGAGUAUCUCCAGCUCGCCGAGCGGUACUUAGGUUUUCAGCAGCUUGCCGCCGCGGACUCUACUCACGGGUCAUGGAAGCUCAUCGCUGCUUCUUCUCCGAUUUUCUGGGGUUUUCUAUUUUUGAUAACUUCUUCAUGAUUGGAGUUAAGCGAUGGCAAACAACAAUGGAAAAGCUUGACUGGUUUUCCGGAGAAAGUCUCGGAGAAGGCGAACCAGAGGCCAAUGAAGCUAGGGAGAUCGCCGGGAAUAUCAUCUACCACGCCAGAUACAGUCCACAUUUCUUCCCGUUGAAGUUUGGGCCUGAGCAAGCUCUCUACGCCACUGCAAAGAGCCUUCGCGAUCAUCUCAUUCAGGUAUCAUCAGUGUUUUCUGGAUCUUUUUCCUUAAAGUUUCAUUCGAUGAAGAUGAUUUCGAGAGAAUAUGAAGGUGAUGUAGAUUUGGGUGUAUGA